AUGGACCGGGACCGCCUCCUGGACAUCCCCUGCAAAGUGUGCGGCGACCGCAGCUCCGGCAAGCACUACGGCAUCUACAGCUGUGACGGUGAGCCUCUCAGCCUGCACCUGCUCAUCUUGCUCUCUCGCUGCUCGGGCUUCUUCAAGCGGUCGAUCCACCGGAACCGCGUCUACACGUGCAAGGCGGCGGGUGAGCUGAAGGGUCGCUGCCCCAUCGACAAGACGCACCGCAACCAGUGCCGCGCCUGCCGCCUCAACAAGUGCUUCCAGGCCGCCAUGAACAAGGAUGCGUACAGUACUCCUAAGAAGCUCUUCCAGCGACGUGAUAGCCCGAAACCGCAGCGGCCGCCUAGUCGCAGAUUCGCCUUCCCGCUGCACAUCGUCGCCUUCCAACUUUCACAGCUGCAGGUGUUUCCGCGCUCGGUAUUUGCCGUGUGUCCUCCGCCAGACAGUGGCUUUCUGUCAACGCUGGUACCGCCGCCACGUUCUGCUCUCCCGCCGCAGAAAGCUUUCUGGCGAACGGCGAACAAACAGCGCCCGGCCGCCGAGAGCGGGCCGAGCUUCCUCUGCCGGACACGCAUGCUGCACGUGUCGAGUUUCCCACACCAGCCCAGCCCAGCGUGGAAAGCAGCAGUUACGCAGAGAUGGAGACACUUGAGUGGCGCGGAGAGGCAGAUCCAUUGCACUGGGGUGGCGCCGUGCCGCGUGUUGCGAAUUAACGGCGCGGGCCGCCCCGGGCUGGCAGCCGCAGCCGGCGCCUCCCACGGCCCGCAGCGCCGUGACUCACGGCGCAGGCCGAUCACGCCGCGCGAGCAGAGGGCAGAGGGCAGAGGGCAGGAGGGGAUCUCGCGCCUCGCCCCGCCCUGCCUCUCGCUGCCGCUCCGCAGCAGACCCGAGCGCCGCGUCACAGGCAAACGGAAGGCGCGGCUCGGCGCUCCUCCAUUACGGCGGCUUAGCCGGGCGCCGCCAGCUAUUUACUCGUUAAAUGGCCCGCCUCCGCCGCCGCCACCGCCACCGCCAACCGCCAGUUUUACUACGCGCCUCUCAGCAGCGGGCAACACACGCACGGCGAGUGACGCAGCGGGGGCGCGUGUUGCAGCCGUGCAGCACGAGCGCGGCCCGCGGAAGCCCAAGCACCCGCCCCCGCACGGCCACGGCCACGGGCACGGGCACGGCGCGGGGGGCGGCCCGCCGGCCGUGGGGGCGGGCCCGGCGCCGCUGGUCAAGGAGCUGCCGCCGCUGCUGCUGCCGGCGGGCCCGGCGGCGGCGCUGGCGCUGUCCCCCACGUGGGAGGUGCUGCAGGAGACGACGGCGCGGCUGCUGUUCAUGGCGGUGCGGUGGGUCCGCUGCCUCGCGCCGUUCCAGACGCUCUCCAAGAGGGACCAGCUGCUGCUGCUGCAGGAGUCGUGGAAGGAGCUGUUCCUGCUGCACCUGGCGCAGUGGUCCAUCCCGUGGGACCUGUCGGCGCUCUUCGGCUGCUCCAAGGCGCGCGACCGCCUGCCACAGGACGACGCCGCCACCAACAUCGAGAUCAAGACCAUCCAGGAGAUCAUGGGCAGGUUCCGGCAGCUGUCGCCAGAUGGCAGCGAGUGCGGCUGCAUGAAGGCCGUCGUACUCUUCACGCCAGAGACGGCGGGCCUGUGCGACGUGCAGCCGGUGGAGAUGCUGCAGGACCAGGCGCAGUGCAUCCUGGGCGACUACGUGCGCAGCCGCUACCCGCGGCAGCCCACGCGCUUCGGCCGGCUGCUGCUGUUGCUGCCCAGCCUGCGGGCCGUGCGCCAGUCCACCGUCGAGCGGCUCUUCUUCAAGGACACCAUCGGCGACAUCCCCAUCCAGCGCCUGCUCGGCGACAUGUACCACAUGGACAAGUACACCUAG